CCGAACUACGUGCCCCGGCGUAUAAAUGAUGCAGACCCUCUAGUUCCUGUGUUCGUAGCAGAGUAUGAGCCGCACAGCGCUCUAAAUCUGACUCGUUUUAGCAAAUAAAUACUCAUAUUCGGGUCUAUUCUGAACAGCGCCCUGGUCUGGUCAUGUCAGGUGGUCCAGCUGUGAGGAUCAGCAUCGAGUCUUCCUGUGAGAAGCAGGUGCAGGAAGUGGACUUUCAUGGCACAGAGACAUACGUCCCUCCUCUCUCCAUGUCCCAGAACCUGACUAAGUUGGCCCAAAGGAUCGACUUCAGCCAGGGUUCUGAAUCAGAGGAGGAUGGGGGCGAGGGUGAGCCCGGAGACAGAGAGUGGGUCAAGCAGGAAACAGAGGAAGAGGAAGGCACGGUGAAGUUUCAGCCAUCUCUUUGGCCCUGGGACUCUGUGCGAAACAAUCUGCGCAGCGCCCUGACAGAGAUGUGUGUGCUCCAUGAUGUACUCAGCGUGGUGAAGGAGAAGAAGUACAUGGCCUUGGAUCCAGUGUCUCAGGAUCUGACCGCUGGAAAAACGCCGCAGGUGUUCCAGCUGAUCAGCAAAAAGAAAUCGCUGGCCACUGCGGCACAGCUUCUCCUGAAAGGAGCUGAGAAGCUCAGCAAGUCGGUGGCGGAGAACCAGGAGAACCGGAGGCAGCGUGACUUCAACGCUGAGCUGCUGAGACUUCGAUCUCAGUGGAAACUGCGCAAAGUCGGAGACAAGAUCCUGGGAGACCUCAGCUAUCGGAGUGCAGGUUCCCUGUUUCCUCACCCUGGAACAUUUGAGGUGAUCAAGAACACCGACAUUGAUCUGGAGAAAAAGGUCCCAGAAGACUACUGUCCCCUGGAUGUCCAGAUUCCAAGUGACUUAGAAGGAUCAGCUUAUAUCAAGGUGUCCAUCCAGAAACAAGCUCCAGACAUCGGUGAUCUUGGAACCGUCAACCUGUUCAGGAGACCUCAAAAAAGCAAAGGAGGAACGCAGCCGUGGCACGUCAAGCUGGAGGCAGCUCAGAACGUUUUGCUCUGUAAGGAGAUCUUCGCACAGCUUUCCAGAGAAGCGGUCCAGAUUAAAUCGCAGAUCCCACACAUAGUUGUGAAGAACCAGAUCAUCUCUCAGCCGUUCCCAGGCCUGCAGCUGUCCAUCUCACUGUGCCACUCAACUGGAGAGAAGAAGAGCAGUCGAGCCUCUCCAGAGAAACCCAAACCAGACGAUCAUCUCUAUGUACUGGAACACAAUCUGCAUCAGAUGAUGAGAGAGUUCCACAAGCAACAGCUGAGCUCGGUGGUUAUGCCGCAUCCGGCAAGCGCCCCGUUUGGACACAAGCGUCUGCGCGUGGCGGGUCCAAUGGCAUACGACAAGGCGGAAAUCUCCAACCUGCAGCAGAGCGAGGGGCUGCUGGAGAAGAUCAUCAAACAGGCCAAACACAUCUUCCUCCGUAGCAGAACAGCUCGGACCAUCGACAGCUUGGCCAGCCGGAUUGAAGACCCUCAGAUCCAGGCUCACUGGUCCAACAUCAACGACGUUUAUGAGUCCAGCGUCAAGGUGCUCAUCACUUCUCAUGGUUAUGAGCAGAUCUGCAAAUCCAUCCAGCUGCAGCUCAACAUCGGCGUGGAGCAGAUCAGGGUGGUGCACAGAGAUGGACGGGUUAUCACGCUGUCACACCAGGAGCAGGAGCUGCAGGACUUCCUCCUCUCACAGAUGUCGCAGCAUCAGGUCCACGCCGUGCAGCAGCUGGCCAAGGUGAUGGGCUGGCACGUGCUGAGUUUCAGUAACCAUGUCGGGCUGGGCCCUGUGGAGAGCAUCGGGAACGCCUCCGCCAUCACAGUCGCUUCCCCCAACGGAGAGUACGCCAUCUCAGUGCGUAACGGCCCAGAGAGCGGCUGUAAGGUUCUGGUCCAGUUCCCUCGCAGCCAGAUCAAGGACCUGCCAAAGAGUGAUGUGGUCCAGGACACCAAGUGGAACCAGCUCAGGGGGCCGCACAAGGAGGUGAACUGGAGCAAGAUGGAGGGACGCAACUUUGUCUACAAGAUGGAGCUGCUGAUGGCUGCACUGACUCUGUGUCCCUGACUCCGUGUCUCUGACUGUGUCCCUGACUCCGUGUCCCUGACUCUGUGUCCCUGACUCCGUGUCUCUGACUCCGUGUCUCUGACUGUGUCCCUGACUCCGUGUCCCUGACUCUGUGUCCCUGACUCCGUGUCCCUGACUCUGUGUCCCUGACUCUGUGUCCCUGACUCCGUGUCUCUGACUCCGUGUCUCUGACUCCGUGUCCCUGACUCUGUGUCCCUGACUCUGUGUCCCUGACUCCGUGUCCCUGACUCCGUGUCCCUGACUCCGUGUCUCUGACUCCGUGUCCCUGACUCCGUGUCCCUGACUCCGUGUCCCUGACUCUGUGUCCCUGACUCUGUGUCCCUGACUCCGUGUCCCUGACUCUGUGUCCCCGACUCUGUGUCCCUGACUCCGUGUCCCUGACUCUGUGUCCCUGACUCUGUGUCCCUGACUCUGUGUCCCUGACUCCGUGUCCCUGACUCUGUGUCCCUGACUCCGUGUCCCUGACUCUGUGUCCCCGACUCUGUGUCCCCGACUCCGUGUCCCUGACUCCGUGUCCCUGACUCCGUGUCUCUGACUCCGUGUCCCUGACUCCGUGUCCCUGACUCCGUGUCCCUGACUCCGUGUCCCUGACUCUGUGUCUCUGACUCCGUGUCCCUGACUCCGUGUCCCUGACUCCGUGUCUCUGACUCCGUGUCCCUGACUCCGUGUCCGUGACUCCGUGUCCUUAGACAGAGCUCCUGAUGUUCUUCCCACCACAUAUAAACUCUGGUUAAAACACUGUGGAGUGAAGCAGCAGCUCUCGUCCAAAAGAAUCAGUCUUUUGUCCGAUUUGAAUAAAACAUGAACAGGUUCCUGAGUCUUGAUGCAGCCUGUCUGUUCACUGCAGCAUGCUGACUUUUUAACGGUGCCAUAAACUGAUUUGGACCGGCAGGACGUUCAGCUGUUCAUCAAACAUAAAGUCUGCAUCUGCAUGAUCCAGAUGUUUUCUGAUAUGUUGGCAUUUUGGUAGAUUUUUACCAAACAGAACAAGUUUCUGCCUCCUUGUUUCAUCUGUGCUGUCAGAAGUAAAACUUGAACUUGGAAAUAAAGUCACUACAGCUGCGG